AAUGAACCACCCGUUCCCAUCUUCUUUUUCCCCCAGCGCGGGCGCGGCCUCCACCACACACGCCCGGCACCGGCGGCGAGUAGCAGCGGAGGCGGCGGAUGGCGGGAUCGGCGGCCUAUUCGGCGACCUCCAUCGUGGUGGUGAUGGCCAAGGACAAGGGCAGGGGGAAGGGCACCAAAGGCGGCGCCUCCUCCUCCUCCGCCGCCGCCAACAAGGUUUCUGACCGGCGGCCUCCUAGGAUCACAUCUAAUGUGAAGCAUAACCUCAGGGUUCUAAAAUUCUGGAAGGAUUACGAAAGGAAGCAAACGAGCGGGCCUCAGCCUGCUACUAGGUUCCGCAAAAAGAAAGUAAUGAAGGAAGUGCUUCCUGAUGACACGGACUUCUUCGAGGACCCUUCUUCCACUCUUACCUACACAAACGAGGGCCUGGAAAUCGCCUCCCCGGUUAUUCUUGUGGACGGUUACAAUGUAUGUGGCUAUUGGAAAAAGCUGAAGAGUGAUUUCUUGAAUGGGAAUCAGGGAAUCGCGAGGCAAAUGCUCAUCGACGAGCUAGUGACAUUCAGUGCAGUAAGAGAGGUAAAAGUUGUCGUGGUAUUUGAUGCUGCAUUGUCUGGGCAUUCUACUCACACCGAAACUUAUAAAGGGGUUGAUGUGGUUUAUUCUGCUGACUUAUCUGCUGACUGUUGGAUCGAGAAGGAGGUUGAAGCUUUGGUGGCAGAUGGCUGUCCAAAAGUGUGGGUCGUAACAUCUGAUGUACUCGAGCAACAAUUAGCACAUGGAGAAGGUGCUCUUAUUUGGAGCUCUAAAAGACUGGUCAAAGAGAUAAAAGAAUCAGAACAGGAGCUUGAUGAAGAGCUGAAGGAAACCAGGUCAACAUCGUUGCAAGGGAAGAUUUUCCAGCACAAGCUGAAGCCUAAAGUAGUGCAAGGUCUGAAAGAUCUUCGGAAUCGGCUCGAGGAACAAGAGCGGAGAAAGAAGUGACCGCUGAAUGUCAAUCGAUCCACCGAUCACAUCGAGCUGCUGAAACAUCGAUUGGCAAGAGAGGAGUAAGAGAAGAGGUGUACAUUUUUGCUUGGGAGGAGCACAUCCACUGACGUUUGAUCCAUAGGACAAAAGUGCCGAUUGCGCAAGCUCGCGAUCAUGGCGAUUGCCAAUGAAAAAGAACAUGGCGACUAGGUGCUACUGGCUGACAUCAUGUAAAAAGGGAAAAUCAGGGUUUCAUAGGGAAGCAGUUUGCAGAGAGAAUCCACACCAAGGUUAUCUCUUCUUUUUCUUUGUUUGAUCAUAAUCCUGUAGACAGGAAAGUCAUGAGCUGUAUAGAAAUGUAAAGUAACUAGAUCCCCUUGGGGGUUAAAAAUACAUAUAUGUCCGUGUUGAAAAAUGAAGUUGUAUUUGUUAAACUAUGGUCUUGA